CCCCCACCAUGCCUCGUUGCGAGCUAUCAACACGCAUAAUACCAGCAACUUGUGCCUGGACACUCCUUCUGGGGGCAUCGGGACUUUUCUUUGCAUUUAUAUGUCCAUACCUGUUACAUCAAUUCUCACUAGCGAUUCCGAUCUACCAAGGUAUUCUGUGUUUAUUUGUCAUUGCCAACUUUGGGUUAGCCACAUUUAUGGAUCCAGGGAUUUACCCUAGUGCACAUGAAGAUGAAGCUAGAGAUGAUGACUUCCGUACACCAUUGUACAAAAACGUAGAAAUAAAAGGAAUCACUGUACGCAUGAAAUGGUGUACAACCUGUCAGUUCUACCGACCUCCGAGGUGCUCUCAUUGUAGCGUGUGUAAUAAAUGUAUAGAGACAUUUGAUCAUCACUGCCCAUGGGUGAACAACUGCAUAGGACGGAGAAACUACCGAUAUUUCUUCUUGUUUUUAGGCUCACUAUUUAUUCAUAUGAUCAGUAUAUUUUCAUUGAGUCUUCUUUACAUUUUAAAUCACAAAAAUAACUUAAGCAACGUUGGAUGUAUAGUAGCUAUGAUCGAUAUGAUAAUUAUUGGUUUAUUAUUAGUCCCUGUGGGGGGCCUCACAGGGUUCCAUCUUGUUUUGGUAUCUCGUGGAAGAACAACAAAUGAACAGGUGACAGGAAAGUUUAAAGGUGGCCACAAUCCAUUUACUCGAGGGUGCUCUGAUAAUUGUAAAUAUACCCUGUGUGGGCCACGGUGGCCCAGACUGGUGUCCUAUGUGCCUAAGACGAGGACAGUUCAGAUAGACUCUGCAAAAGUGGUGUAUCAGGCUGCAGACAAAGAUGUCAAACUUUACACUGACGCUAAUACCAAUGGCAUCAAACGUAAUACAGCUGUCGUCAACCGAAAUGCCCCUCUCACCACUCUCCUACUGGAUGAUGAAGACUCACAGAGCAUGGACAGCCAGACAAGUCUGGGGGCACAAAUCCGCUCAGACUCUUACACAAAUCUUUUUGACACUUCUCAACAGUCUGUGUCCACGCUGCAAUCUCAGCCAACAUCUGUGGGUGCAACGCUUCAUGCCAAUCAUACCAAUCACAAUGCACAGCGUGGGUCUCCCAAACCACGGAACUAUUAUGACCGAACAUCUCCACAGAGAGGGCGUCGUGGAAUGUCAAAGGCACCCAUGGCAACACCUGAAGAAUCUCUUAUUGCUACCUCACCAUUGGACAAAGCACUCCCACCUAGACAUGCUCUGAACAGUCCGGGAUCUGAGCGUGCUCCUUACAUAUCCAAUGGCCGGCAGAACACCAGCAAAGGUCAACGGAAUGAAGGAUCGCGCUUCCCAGCUUAUGAAACACAGCAGAAACAUCCUGGAGAUUCUCAGUACCAACUAAGCAGUUCUCAAUCCUACCCAGCCCAGCUAAGGGCUGGGUCAUCUGCUGCCCCUAAAUCAAGUGUUUCAGCUCCGCAGUACCCUCCCACAGGUUACAGCGCUCGCUCAUACAAAAACAAUGGCUACACUAGUGGUGAUCAGGACACUCCGCGUGGCCGUGAGCGAGUACCACACAGUAGAUCUGAUAAUAUCUCUACAGGGCGACCUUAUACUGCAUCACAUCAGACAAGUUCGGAUACACGGGCCAAACGUUCCUAUGAAGCCCUUCCCUCUGAUCACAAUCGGUCAUACUCUUCGCAACAACCCUCAGUGCCCAAAUCUCGGACACUGCCAGCCCAGGGUGCAGAGGCCUAUUUUCCUGACGAUGAUUAUAGGGCCAAUUCCAGACGCCCAAUGUCUUUUGUAAAAGCUUUAGAAAUGAGUGAAAUUGUAGAACAAAAAGAAAAACAGCAACAACACAUACAAAAAACACCACCUCAAAGUACUGCUUUCUCCAAUAGUUCCCAUUCAAAUACAGCCAGUGGAGGCAGCGAAAGACUUUCCCGCCCAGGCAGGUCAGUCCCUCUUCAGGGGCGGUCAGUCCCUCCUGGCCAGGGACAUCCAAGGGGCAGAGACAGAAGUCGGGAUGAAAAGAAAAAGAGUCUCUAUGACUCGAGCUUUGAAGUGUCAGUGUGAUAAAAAAAAAUUAAUUAAUGACACUAAGGCAAUUUGUACCAACUGUUGUGAUUGGUGGACCUUCCUGUCUGUUUGAUUUUUCAUUUCAAAAAUCUAGAGACAACAUCAUUGGUCCAUUUGUGUACCAAAUGAUGUGUUAAUGAAUCCUUCCACAUUAAUAUUUUUUGGUUUUUUUUUUUUUUUUCUUCAUCCUUGAUAUAUAUACAGUAAGUGAGUGUGUGAGAUAUAACACAAGGGUUUUUAUGUGUGUGUGUUUAUGUGCAAUGUUUUCCUACGUCAGGGAAAAUUUAUGUAAAUUAUUGAAGAACCAAUGUGAUGAAAAUGUAUAAUGCAGUAUAUUUGUGUGUAAAUCUUGGACCAGUCGUUACUCGGACUUGUAUGGUAAUCCAGGAUGAAAUGUACAGAACAGUUUAGUGUGACAGGAAUCUCAAUAAUCACAAUUCUUAAACAAUUGGAUAUAGAAAAUUCCGAGAUUCUGAAACAUUUUUUAUCUAGUCACUCGACAGAAAUAUUUUCUAAUUUGUCUGUUUGACAAUCAUGUAGAUAUUGAUAGACUCUAAAUUUUAUCUUGUUAAGAUUAUCAUUGUUGUUCAGAGAGAUAAUUGUUUCAGUAUAAGUAUGUAUUACUUUGGAAUUUUAGGCUGGAUUUCCUCAUUUAGGUUUUAAAGUGUUACAUUAUCAUGUACUAAAAGUUAUUCAGGGAAAUAUUUGCCCAGAGUUUUUUUUUUUUCUUUCACCCUCAUUGUAACUUGAUUUCUGCCUAGUGUUAAGAUAGCCCUGGAGUACAUAAAACAUAGCUUACAGAUUUCAUGUCUGACUUCAGCCUAUAUUUUCUGAUUUCCUUCUGUGAAACAGGCAGGUAGAUGUCUCUUCAAACACAUAUAUUCAUAGGCAUGCAUUUUUAAGGGUUAUGUUUUUAAAAGGCUUUUAAAUAAAUGGUAUGUUUCUUUGUGCUGUACCAGUAUUUACCCUCAAGAUAGUCCCUAAUAACGCUCUGCUUCUGAUAAUACCCAAGUUUGGAAUGACCUAAACAUAUGUGUUCGCUGCAUUUAUGCCCCACAGAAGGGUCAUUUUGAGGUGGGGUCUCCUUGUAUUAGCUUGUGGUUACCUAACUGAACAUCAUGUGGAAGGUCCACCUCAUGCUAUCCAGAACUAUUUAGAUAAGAUAACACUACACUUACAGUUAAUUAAAUCCUUUUCUAAAUACUAUGUUUAUAUGAUGUUGCAAAUUAAUAAGGAAAAGCUGUAGAACAGAAAAAAUUAUAUGUCCCCGCAGAUUCUUGAUAACUGUCACAAAGAGAAAUAUGGUAGAGAGCAACUAUAGCAAGUUUAAAAUAAUUUUGUCUUUUAAUUAACUUUCUUAAAAGUUGGCCUAUAUCGAAAUAUUUUAUGAUUUUUUUUUAAUUGUUAUUAUUAUUUGAAAGAAUGCGAUUCAAAAUGAAAAAAAAUCUUACAAAUUUUAA